AUGAAGAACGUCGUGGCGGUCGCGUGGAGCGUGGUGCUGGUCUGCUCGGUCGCCUUCUCGCCCCGUGAAGCUCUGGCUGAUCCAGAAGACUUCGGCGAAGUUUCCGGCGACCCAGAUGUGCAGCCCCCCGAGUUUCCACAGAAAGGGGCUGUGAACACCAUAUCAGCCGAGGAGCUGCCGGCGGAGGCGCAGCACUGGCUGCGUGUGUCUCAAGAGUCGAAGAAGAACAAGUUCGCCGAACUGGCGAGAAGCGCCGUGUCACGAAUUCAGGAAGGCCGGCAAGCGUUGAUGCGCUUGAGGGGGCUAGAACGGAGAUGCCAUCGAGCCGCACAGGCGUUCGUCGUGAUUGAUGGCGGCAGCAGCGCGACCCGAGCAAGCGUUUUUCUGGCUACCACCUUGGCGUGCCCGCACCAGGGGCGUCGCGUGAUUCCGUCUUCCAUUCGUCUAAUUGCGACUGGAGAGCGCCACCCGGGGCUGCGCGAGGUCUUGGAGAAGUGGCUGGAUAAGCACGCUGGGCAGGACUGGGAAUCUCGAGAAGUCGAUUCCAGGCUCCUGCUCAGAAACUUCCGCCAUAUGUUGGAGACCGCUCAAAAGUUUAUGAAGGUGCUGGAGGAUGAAAUCGUGGGCUUGAUGGAGCGCGAACUUGCGGAUGAGCAAAAGAGGCAAGUCCAAGCUCUCGGCGUGCCGGUCAUCCUUUACAGCACUGCAGGCGUCCGAGAUUUCCAUGACUGGUACCGCGACGGGUUCUUCGUCGCAUUGCGCUUCGCACUCAAUCACUUCACGAAUACGGCUGGAUACAAGUUCUUCACAACUCCGGAACUCACACGCCCCAUUAGCGGCGCCGAAGAGGGUCUGUAUGCAUUCAUGACGUUGAAUCACCUCACAGGCCGCCUGACUGAGGAGAGCUCGUACUGCACCUUGGGGGCGGACGGUAUGCAGGCUUGCCGAAGCGAAUUGGCUGGCGUUCUUGAGUUUGGAGGCGCAUCGGCUCAGGUUGUUUUCCCUGUUGCACCUGCAGACGUCCUACCGUCUUCUGUGAAAGCUGUGAAUCUUCAGCGGGAACGUCUCUUGCCCGAGCGGUAUCCGCAAGCUGACGUCGUAUCUGUGUCAUUCAUGCAGGUCGGCGUAGCGAGCUCUGCUGGUCUUUUCUUGAAACAAGUAUGCAGUGAAAAAGAGUUCCUGAAUGACGGCAUUUGCUACAAUCCGUGCUUUUUCAAGGGAUAUGAACAAGACUGCUCAGCGGGAGACGUGUCUAUCGACCCCCUGACGGGGGACGUUACUGUGAGUACAGAAACGAGGAAAAACAAGCUCAAGCCGAUUGCAACCUACUGCUCACUGAGCAAUUCGGAAAUCCGGAUGAAGGCGACCAACGAGAUGCUUUGUAGGGAAAACCGGAUUGACCCUAGCCAGCCUCUGGAGCAACGGCUGCAAUUUGAAGGCUGCAAGAGGAUCAAAGGCACAGGAGACUUCGAUCGGUGCUACGCCCUGGUUGAAAGAUUCAUUGUCGGGCCUAAAUAUCCCCUUCCAGCGAAUAUCGAGGCAGCAUCUUCCGGCUUUGAGUCUCUAAAGCAGGUCUUUCAGUUCGCGUCCACGAGUGCCGCAAUGGUGAUCACCGGGGGGGCAAUGGUAGGAAGUAUCCGCGUUCUGAAAAGGGCUAACCUUCUAGGCAGCUCUUUUUCUGGCGACCCUCACGAACUCGAAAAAGCGGCGCGGAUAUUCUGCGGUGCGUCAGUGAAGGUAGAGGACGGAAAAGGCGCCGCAAUUCAUCUCCCCAAUCACCACGAGAAGCUUGGUGUGUGGACGUACGAUAUUUGCAAAGUCAUCGCGAUGAAUGUCGCCCUAGUCAAGCACAUGAUGGCAGCCGAAAAGCGACCGGCGUCGAUUAGCUGGGAGAAGAGCGUGAAGAACGACGAAGGCGUAGAAGUUGCGGAUCUCGGCUGGCACGUUGGAGCCAUCUUGCAGCAGAUUCUUGAUGUCGAGAAGUUUGGCCGCAUGGCAUAUGAGUCCGGAUGGACUUACAAUUUGUGA